AUGCACCUUGACUCAGCAACGAUAGGUGGACUUUGGGACGAGGUCUCUGAGGCUGUUUCCCCUCAAGAGGAAGGGAAGGAUGGGUUCUCGGCUCUCAGUAGUGUCAAUGCACUAAAGGCUGCCUUUAGGUGGCUUCGUAGCAGUGUGGAGUUGUCCCACCAUGGGCUGGUCCCAAGCAGGCGACUGGCUGGCAAUGACCUUUCCUUUAUCCAUCCAAAGGCCUUGUCUGGGUUGAAAGAACUCAAAGUUCUAACCCUACAGAACAAUCAGCUGAAGACUGUACCUAAUGAGGCCAUCAGAGGAUUAAGCGGUUUACAGUCCCUGCGCUUAGAUGCUAACCACAUUACUGCCAUACCAGAAGACAGUUUUGAGGGUCUGGUGCAGUUGCGUCACCUUUGGUUGGAUGACAACAGUUUGACAGAAGUUCCCAUCUACCCGCUCAGCAAUCUCCCCUCUCUGCAGGCGUUGACGCUGGCUCUCAACAAAAUAACACACAUUCCUGACUAUGCAUUUACAAACCUUUCAAGUCUUGUUGUUCUACAUCUUCAUAAUAAUAAAAUAAAAACUAUAGGAAAACACUGUUUUGAUGGACUAGACAACCUUGAAACCUUGGAUUUAAAUUAUAAUAACAUGGUAGAGUUCCCUGAAGCCAUAAAAGCACUCCCAAAUCUAAAGGAAUUGGGAUUUCACAGUAACUACAUUUCCAUAAUUCCUGAUGGUGCAUUUGCAGGAAACCCCCUUCUAAGAACGAUACAUUUGUAUGAUAAUCCUUUGUCUUUUGUGGGGAACUCAGCAUUUCAGAAUCUGUCAGAUCUGCAUUCUCUGGUUAUUCGGGGUGCCAGCAUGGUGCAGUGGUUUCCUAAUUUGACAGGAACAGUUAAUCUGGAGAGUUUAACUCUAACAGGGACCAAGAUAAACAGUAUUCCGGUUAAUUUAUGCCAAGAGCAAAAGGUGCUACGAACUCUGGACUUGUCUUAUAACAAUAUAAAGGACCUCCCAAGUUUUAAGGGCUGCCACUCUUUGGAAGAAGUUUCCUUACAGCAUAAUCAAAUCCAUGAAAUCACAGAGGGUACCUUUCAAGGACUGUCCUCCCUUCGUAUCCUCGACCUCAGUAGAAAUCGGAUCCAUCAGAUCCACAAGGAAGCUUUCACCACUGUUGGAGCUCUCGUUAACCUGGACCUAAGUUUCAACGAACUCACUUCAGUUCCAACCGAAGGAUUGAGUGGACUGAACCAGCUUAAACUUGCAGGCAAUUCUGAGUUGAAAGAAGCUUUGGCAGCCAAGAACUUCGCAAAGCUCCGGUCACUCUCUGUACCGUACGCUUACCAGUGCUGUGCGUUUUGGGGUUGUGAUUCUUAUUUAAACUCUAAUGCUGAAGGAUCCAGUCACCAAGAUCAAGGUGCCUUGAUGGAUCAUGAGAAGGGUAAGUCUGAUGCAAAUACUCUAAGAAAUGAGGAAAAUGAGGAACUGGGGCAGACUAUUAUUCACUGUACACCAGCAACAGGUGCUUUUAAGCCUUGUGAAUAUUUAUUGGGCAGCUGGAUGAUUCGACUUACUGUCUGGUUUAUUUUUUUGGUUGCUUUGUUCUUCAACCUGCUUGUCAUGUUAACAAUAUUUGCAUCCUGUACUCCAUUGCCGUCUUCCAAACUGUUUAUAGGCCUGAUUUCUGUCUCUAACUUAUUUAUGGGAGUCUAUACUGGUAUUUUAACUUUCUUGGAUGCUGUCUCAUGGGGAAGAUUUGCUGAAUAUGGCAUAUGGUGGGAGACUGGCAGUGGUUGCAGAGCUGCUGGGUUUCUUGCAGUCUUUUCGUCAGAAAGUGCCAUUUUUUUCCUGAUGUUGGCAGCUGUUGAACGGAGCUUCUCUGCGAAGGAGAUCAUUAAAAAGGGGAAGAGCAAUCGACAAAAACAAUUUCAAAUUGCAGCAGUUUUUGCUUUCCUGUGUGCUGUGGUAGCAGGAUGCUUACCACUUUUUUAUAAAGCGGAGUACUCAGCAUCACCCCUUUGCUUGCCCUUCCCCACUGGAGAAACGCCUUCGUUAGGUUUCACAGUAACUUUAGUGCUCCUGAAUUCAUUAGCAUUUUUGCUAAUGGCUAUUAUCUACACUAAACUGUAUUGCAACUUGGAAAAAGAGGACCUCUCGGAAAACUCACAGUCCAGCAUGAUUAAGCAUGUCGCUUGGCUGAUCUUCACGAACUGCAUCUUCUUCUGCCCUGUUGCGUUCUUCUCAUUUGCACCGUUGAUCACUGCGAUUUCUAUCAGCCCUGAAAUCAUGAAGUCUGUUACCUUGAUAUUUUUCCCAUUACCUGCUUGCCUGAAUCCGGUUCUGUACGUCUUCUUCAACCCAAAGUUCAAGGAAGACUGGAAGCUGCUCAGGCGCCAUAUGACCAGGAAGAACGGAGCGGUAGCUAUCGCCGUCAACGCUCAAGGGGGCUGCGUGACGCAGGAUUUCUACUAUGACUGUGGGGUCUAUACCCAUUUGCAGGGUAACAUCACCAUGUGUGAAUGUUGCGAAUCACUCCUUUUAUCCAAGCCUGUGCCCUGUAAACAUUUAAUCAAAUCACACAGCUGCCCCGCACUGGCAGUGGUGCCUUGCCAAAGGCCGGAUGGCUACUGGUCGGACUGCGGCACCCAGUCAGCCCACUCUGACUACGCGGACGAGGAUGACUCUUUCGUGUCAGACAGCUCUGACCAGGUGCAGGCCUGCGGCCGUGCGUGUUUCUACCAAAGCCGAGGAUUCCCUUUGGUUCGUUAUGCCUACAACAUCCCGAGAAUUAAAGACUGAAAAGGCUUUUUGCCAUCAGCUGUUCUAAUAAAGAGGUAUGAUGCUUC